AUGAGCAAGAGAGAUACUGCGGUCUCCAUUAUGGGUGACGGCUGGAAGCGCCGCACACCCCUUAACCGCGCUGUGCGCCUGCGCCUGUGUCUCGGGCGCGCGCUCGGCGCAGAGGUAGGCUUUGCGCGAGCCUUCCGCUCCCCAGGCCGCCCUCAACACCCACUGCGCUUGCGCAUCCGCUCCUGCCUCGAAGAUGGCAGGCGCUUCUACCACGCCCACUGCGCGUGCCCCUCCGCGUCCGCAGCGGGGGUCCUGCCGGAGCGACUGCACUUCCCUCCGCGCCGCGCGGUUACGGCGGCAGCAGUUGUGUAUCGCAAACGAGUGUCGCAGCGAAUGCUCGAGAAAUGUGUUCGAGCCCUGGGAACGAGGCGGAGGCUGUUAAAGGCCAUUCUGUGUCCUCCCCUCUCUCCUCAGAUUCAGGGCAGGGUCCUGCUCCUGACCAUCUGCGCGGCUGGCAUUGGCGGGACUUUUCAAUUUGGCUACAACCUCUCCAUCAUCAAUGCCCCAACUUUGCACAUUCAGGACUUCAUCAACGAGACAUGGGGGGUGCGUACCGGCCAGCCACUGCCCGAUCACCUCGUUCUGUUGGUGUGGUCCCUCAUUGUGUCUCUGUACCCCCUGGGGGGCCUCUUUGGAGCACUGCUUGCCGGGCCCCUGGCUGUCGUGCUGGGAAGGAAGAAGUCCCUCCUGGUGAAUAACAUCUUCGUGGUGGCCGCGGCGACCCUGUUUGGCUUCAGCCGCAGAGCAGGCUCCUUUGAGAUGAUCGUGCUGGGCAGGCUGCUCAUGGGAGUCAGUGCAGGCUUGAGCAUGAAUGUCCAGCCCAUGUACCUGGGGGAAAGUGCCCCCAAGGAGCUCCGAGGAGCCGUGGCCAUGACCCCAGCCAUCUUCGCUGCCCUGGGGAUCGUGAUAGGUCAGGUGGUCGGACUCAGGGAGCUCCUGGGUGACCCAGGGGCCUGGCCCCUGCUGCUGGCUAGCUGCCUGGUGCCUGGGGUGCUCCAGCUUGCCUCCCUCCCUCUGCUUCCUGAAAGCCCACGCUACCUCCUCAUUGACCGUGGAGACACCGAGGCCUGCCUGGCAGCCCUGCAGCGGCUGCGGGGCAGCGCGGACGUGGCGGGGGAGUUGGCGGAGCUGGAGGAGGAGCGCGCGGCUUGCGAGGGCCAGCGCGCGCGGCGCCCAUGGGAGCUGUUCCAGGAUCGCGGCCUGCGGAGGCAGGUGACGAGCCUCGUGGUGCUGGCCAGUGCCUUGGAGCUCUGCGGGAACGACUCAGUGAGGCACCCCGCCACGUCCCCUGCCCCGGGUCAGGAGGCUGCGGGGCCGCAGGCCACUGGCAGCCCGCGCCCCUCUGCCCUUCGUCUCCAGGUGUACGCGUACGCCUCCUCCGUGUUCCGGGAGGCCGGGAUCCCCGAGGGGAAGGUCCAGUACGCCGUCUUGGGGACUGGGAGCUGCGAGCUGCUCGCGGCCUGCCUCAGUUGUGUGCUGAUCGAGAGGGUGGGCCGCCGUGUGCUGCUGAUAGGAGGGUACAGCCUGAUGGCCUGCUGGGGAAGUAUCUUCACAGCGGCCCUGUGCCUGCGGAGCUCCUUCUCCUGGAUGCCCUACCUGGCCAUGUCCUGCGUCUUUGCCUUCAUCCUCAGCUUUGGCAUUGGCCCCGCCGGAGUGACAGGGAUUCUGGCCGCGGAGCUGUUUGACCAGAAGGCCCGGCCUGCUGCCUAUAUGGUCAGCGGGUCGCUUGUGUGGACCUUGCUCUUCCUGGUCGGGCUGGGGUUUCCCUUCCUCAAGGAGGGCUUGUCCCACUUUCUCUAUAUGCCUUUCCUCGGUGUCUGUGUCUGGGGGGCCAUCUGUACUGGCUUCUUCCUCCCUGAGACCAAAGGCAAGACCUUCCUGGAGAUCUCUGAGGAAUUGCACAGACUCAACUUCUCCCGGCAGAGCCAGGGCCCUGAGUGGACAGGCCCAGAAGUCAUCCUGUCCACAGAGCUGUAACUCUGUAGGUACGGUGAGGGCCCAGAUCCAGCUGUUGCUGUCUCCUUUGCUUCCUGCCGAGGGUCCUGGCCCUCUGCAUUCCCUAGUUCCUGCAUCCAUUUGUUUAAUAAGGGCUUAUUAAGCACCUACUGCAUGCAGGCUUUGUGCCCGGUGCUUAGCAAUCCGUGGUGAGCCAGAGAGGUGGGAUCAGGACCUGCUGGUGGCUCCCUGUCUAGAGGCAGUUAACAGGAAACCUGGCGCGAGCCAAGCUACUCAUGCUGUUUGACAAAGUCCAAGUAUGGGGAA